AUCCCAAAUAAACUUUACAUUCCCACAAGUUGUUUAAGAGAAAGAAGAAGAAGAAGAAGAAGAGCAAAGCAAAAAGAAAGAAACCCUUCUUCAACAUCUCCAUCCAUUUCUCUCCCAUUAAAAACCCUACUCUGUUGAUUAUAGAGAUAUAAGGGAGAUAAUAUAUAAUGGGUGGUGGGAAGAGAUUUGCUGUUCUUCUGUGUGCUGAGGAUUCAGAGUACGUUAAAAAGAGGUACGGCGGUUACUACGGUGUUUUCGUUGAAAUGCUGGCUGAGGAAGGCGAGACUUGGGACGUGUUCAGGGUGGCCAACGGUGAGUUCCCCGACGACGAACAAGUUGAUCGCUUUGAUGGCUUCGUUAUAACGGGGAGUUGCAAUGACGCGCACGGCAAUGACGCUUGGAUAUGUCGGCUGGUUUCGCUUUUGAAAAAGUUGGAUUCUUUGAAUAAAAAAGUCCUCGGCAUUUGCUUUGGUCACCAGGUUCUUAGCCGUGCACUGGGAGGAAAGACAGGCCGUGCCAUCACCGGUUGGGACAUUGGUGUUACAACCAUUCAUUUCUCAUCAUCUUCAUCAAAGCUCUUCUCGUCUUUGAAAAUCCCAACCACUCUUUCCAUCAUCGAGUGCCACCGUGACGAGGUCCGAGAACUUCCGCCGAAAGCAGAGGUGAUUGCAUGGUCCGAGAAAACUGGGGUCGAGAUGUUUCGAUAUGGGAAUCAUAUCAUGGGCAUUCAAGGUCACCCUGAAUACACUAAAGACAUUCUUGUUCACCUCAUCGAUCGGCUCAGCCAACGCGAUUUCAUUGUGGACUCAUAUGCUGAUGAUUUGAAAGCAAAUAUGGGGAAAAUGGAGCCUGAUAAAGAUGCAUGGAAGAAACUAUGCACCAGCUUCCUCAAGGGUAGAUUAUGAUCCAAAUUUACAAAAAAUAAAAAAUAAAAAAUAAAAGAAGAUUGAAGUAUUGAAGAAAUAGAUGUUUAAGUGUCAUUACUUGCGCAUGUUCUAGUCCCGUGACAUAAGAACUUGGAUUUCGAAAUUAAUAUUUAAUUAUUCAUAAUUUUUUUUAUAA